AUGUUUUCCCAACCUCAGUUUGUUGUCAUUGCUUUUACUUUUCGCUUUUUACUUGUCUGCUUGGCGCAAAACGAGGGAGAAUUGAAUUACUUGAUGAUCAAAAUUUUGGAACUGAAGCAAAGUAGCUCCGACGAAAACGGUUCGUCUUGCCUUCCGUCGAACACAUCGAGAAAUGGUACCAUUCGUCCUACUAGCAUUACGACAAACCCGACAGAUAAGACGUCAUCCUAUUACAUUGGGUUAACCAACAACACUCAAGAUCGUACCACGAUGGUGCCAACAUCCCUUGGUGAAAACGUAUCGACCUUUUCCACGGAAGCGUCGGUUCGAGAAACACCUAAUUGCAACCCACCGCUUUGCUCCCGAGUAAUCAACAUAACAUGGCUGUCAUUUGCUCCUUUUAUUUCUCAGCCUAAGAACAGCACGAGACAAACUGAAAAGUUAGACGGUGUAUUCUACAGUAUAAUAGGGCGCGCUGUUCAGUUUUGUUGCAAACAUUUCGACAACAGGGGGACACGCUUUGAAUAUACCCACAAAGCGGAAAACAUAGAUACGUUACAUGCUAAUAUCUUUUAUGAUAAAGCUUCUAUAGGAAUGCCAGUAUACAUUGAAAAUGAGUUUUUUGACCAGCAAUAUGGAGGUACAUUGGCAUUUAUCAAAGUCCUUGAAUCUCCCGGGUUGGUUGUUAUUGGAAACAAGGAUGAUGUCAAACAGAAUCAUUUGAAGGUUCUAUGGAAAACCAUUUACAAACAGUGGCCGAUUGUGCUCAUCUCAGUGUUGUUAUGCGCAAUCUCUGGUAUUUGUGUCUGGGCGCUGGUAAGUAUCAUUGCGCUUUUUGGGGAAAAUCCAAAUCUGGUUGGAAUAAAUACAUGGUGUUUCCUAUUUGCAUUGGCAAACCGUUCGGUUCACAGUUUGGGUAAAUGGUGAGCAAAAUUUAAGACUAGUAAAUUUCGUCCGGGAAUCACGUUUACCUUCAAGAGUACAAAUCAGUUCCUUUUACCGGAAAAUGACCGCGAAGGCCUGAACAUGGUAUCAAAGGUGGUUUGAAGAAACGGAACGCGAACUCCCACCGGGAAAAACGGUUCUACCUUUUCAGACGUUAAUAUGUUGCUCUCGGAAAAUUUCCACCUAAACGACCCGAGAAAUCGUGUUCCAUUUACUUUCCAACCGCUUUUACGGAAACUUCUUGUAAAUGAUAAACAACCACAUUUACUUAUUAUAUCUUCAUUUUCAGCCCUAUUUACAACGAGAUGGAGUAAGUUUCUAAACGGAAACUGUGUUGUCGGUAGGGAAUGAAGUACUCAAAACUGAAUUGAUAAGGUGGCAAGAUUGACCACCUGAAAAGAUACGUAAUAUAAUAUUUGGCUCCUGGGGGCACUUCCUUAUUUGGCUUAAACGUAUAUACAAUGCUGCGGGAUGUGAUCCUUGCUGCUGCGCGGCCGACAUUGUAAUGUGACCGGUUUUUAGAACCAAAAAAACUAACUGACUCCAAAUUUAAAGUGACAAACGUUCUUGGACAAAGUCGUAUAUUUAGGCCACGAAAAAGGGUCUCUUUUCUUAAAUUAAACAGGGUAGCAAAAUGAAGGGUUAUGGCAUGGUUUGAUGGCCUCAGUGGUAAAUCCUUACACAAACUACCCUUCAGUGGUUUCCCGUCCCGGGUUUGUAGACCUCUGGCUCUGACGAAGCCACUGUUUGAAUACCUGUGGCCCGUUUAGAGUAUCAAGGUACAUGAUGUAAACACAUUGUGGUGUAAACGUACAAGCGAACCGGCGUGUUUACAACCGACCAGGCAUAUCCAGUUGAAUUUGACAAGUGCAAAGGCUAAAUAGACAUAUCCUUUAAUUUUUGUUUUAUUUAACAGGAGACAACAUGGAAUACAGAUGAAUUCCCUCGUCGUUUUCAUCGUGGGGCAUUUGAAGGUUUCUGGUGGGCCUUCGUUACCAUGUCAACCGUUGGGUAAGUGAAUCAAAAUUCAACUGCACCAUCACUAAUAAAAGCAAAUUUAGGCAAUGCACUUCCACACGAAUCCGGAUACACUAAAACCGCAUUAUUGUUAUUUGCGCUGAACACUAAUAUUUGUUGUGGUGUAUCCGGUUUGGAUUCACCCAUCCGUAGGAAUACACUACUGCGACUUACAUUAUUUUGCUAAUUACUAGCUACUAGGCAUGCGCAAAAACCGAACUCGCGAUGUGAUUUCGCGGCAUUUUUGAGUUUAUGUAGUACUUGACUUCAAAAAUAUCCGGUCGGCAGUCGUCUACACGAAAUCACCAAACGCUUCGGAUAAGAAAAAAAUCCACUCUGGAAAACGGUUUCAAACACAUGCGGUUUCCAUGUGCGGACAGCUGAUUCGUUAAAGAAGUACGCGGUUUUAAAAGUAUCAGCAUAUAAAGUGCUUUAUGCAUAAAAGUGACUGGAAAGAAUAAGAAAUCUUCAAUGUCAGCCUAACGCUUAGUGCUUGGAGGUUUCUUGUGCAAAAAUGUUACUCCUUUGCAUUCUUUGCAUGCUACGUGCCUGCCAGUUAACUAAACGAAGUUCGUAUAUAAUUCAUGUGCCCUAAUUUGCAUACAGCAAUUUCUAUAUGGUGGUUGGAUGACAACCGGUCAAUUAACUUGCAACAGGGAUCAAUUUAAUAAAACUUUUACACGUGUAAUUUACAAGUGUAACUUACCGCAUUUUUUACCAAAUCUUCCUUUUUGAACCGUUUUUCGGCCAGUUAGCAUGGGAAUAGCUAAAAAUAAAAGAGAGAUUUGAAACAAGAAGACAUAAUUUUCUGCUAAUUGGAUGUAGGCAGCUUUUUUGUUUUUCGUGCAUCCGCAUAAGCCAAAAUUUGGCGAAUCUAUUUCGAUCUCUUUUCUCUUUUCUUCUUUUCCUCUUUGCCUUUAUUUUUAUGGCCAUUUUUGUUUCCCACUUUAUCGUCUUUCUUAAUUUCGCAUGAAAGUUUGGCUGGCUUACUUUCCAAUAAAGGGACAAAUUUAAUCUGCAAAGAAUUUUGGGUAAAUAGCUAAAUUGGCAGUAAAUUUUUUCCCCAAAUGUUGCUUAAAAUGUGUUUUUGUCUGUAACUCUGUCAGGAUAGGCUAAAAUUUUCUAAAUGAGGUACCAGUAGAAAGUUCUAUCCUCGCUAAUUGUGCUCAUUACCAUUUUAUUCACAGCUUAAAUAGAAAGCUUAAUGGAUACAGGAAGGAUAAUAUGCAUGGGUUCAUAUGGAACAAAAACGACCAAACCGGACGUUAAAGAGCCGUCAAUUGACAAUGAAAAAAAUGUAGUAACGAGAAGCGAUUUCUCGCUCAACUUGAGUUUGGUAUUUUUGAAAAACAACUGGCAUUUACUUUUGCUCAAUUUAAAGUGAGGUUUUCAUGGGCUUCGGAUGAAAAUGGAUAAUGAUGACGAAUUUUAUUCCUUGAUGUUUCCAGCUGGUUUUAAUUUUUUAUAGUUUUUAUUCGACGUUAUUUCGUUCGGUGUCUUUAUAAGAACCCAUGUAGUUUAUCUUACAGUGUAUUUGUCAAGCAUUCUCUGACAGAAAGGUGCCUUUAAAGGGUUUUCACACACAUCUUCACACAGUACUCUCGUUUUCCCCAUUUAGUCCCUCUUAUCGGCGCCUCGGCGUCCCACUACUACAACGGUACAGACUUUAUCAGAGAGCAGCAUUGAGACCUAUUGAAAAAUAAGCUCUUCUUGUUUUAAGGUACGGAGAUAAAGCUCCUAAGUCAGUUAUUGCUCGAUUAUUCUCUAUCGUGUGGAUCAUGGUUGGACUUACAGUGUGUUCAGUUUUGACAGCUACUCUUACCACAGCACUCGCCACAGCAGCUGUCAAAGAUGUAGACCUGGUGGGAAAGAAGGUAUAA